UUAGCUGUGCAGAGUUGCCUCCCUUAGACAUUAUUCGAAUCGUAAGUUCGCUCCUAUUGUGCUUCUCUGUUUGUAAGAUCGUGAAUGUCACCAAAAAGGUAAACAUUUAAGACGAUUCAUAGGUUUUAACACGAUCUAAAAUUUAAACAACCAGGAAUCAUAAUUAAUUAGGUGAAAAACUACUUUCCAGUGUGUACUGUCAUUGUGUUUCAGAAACCAUGUACGUGAAAGUAUUGACGUGUCUGCUCCUGAUAAAGGGUGUGACAUGCAGCAGCCUUGCCAGUGGCUGUCACACCAGCUACAGUGCAGCCUACCAGGGUAAAAUCACCAACUGUCAAAAGCAGAAUCUCACUCAAGUGCCAUCAGAUCUUCCUAAGGACAUCAUAGGUUUGAAUUUACAAGAUAACCUACUCACCAGUAUACUCAACAACAGUUUUAGCACUUUACGGAAGCUGAGAUUCCUAUUCCUCAGCCACAAUCCGUUAAAGACAAUGCAGAGGGAAGCUUUCAGAGGUCUGGAUAAACUGGAAACCUUGGAAAUGUCUUGUGACACGCUUUCAUUGGACGUAACAACGUACCCAGAUGGGCUGUUCCAGCAUCUAGUUCAUCUGAAGAAAUUGGUUCUUAUAGGAAGUAUAAAUGAUGACGCACCAUUUCCUACUGAUAUUGUACAAGGCCUAAACAGCCUAGAAGAGCUUCAUAUUAACUCAUGGCCUGAAGGCGGAAAGUGGCCUCAAUUAGAUCUAGUGAAAGACACACUCACAUUUCUGGACAUCGACACAAUUGGAGUACCUAUUCUUAGAAACACAACAUUUCAAGCUUUGCGUGACAUUCCACUGAAAGUAUUUUUUGUACAUGGACAACUAACAAACAUAGAAGCAGGAACAUUUUGUCCCUUUACGAACCUAACCAAGCUUUUGAUAUCUACCUCGUAUGGAAGCUCAAUUAAGUUAGUAUCUAUAACAAGAGCACUUCAGUGUUUGGCUGGAAGAAAAUUGGAGGAAAUAAUUCUAACCCGAGUUGUAACCACAGGAGAAAGCAGUGUGACCCUAACAGAGGAAAUGUUCAGUUAUCUUUCAGAUAUAUGUGUAAAGAAAGUGGACUUGUCAAACAAUAAGAUCACGAACAUUGAUGCUAAUGUCAUAACCAAUUCCACCUUUUUCAGAUGUAUAGAAUAUCUUGACUUGUCCAAAAACAUGUUUAGGGGGGGUAUGAUGAAACCUGUUUUCAUUAACAUGCAAUUCUUGGAAAAUCUUAAAUAUUUAGAUUUGUCUUCAAUCAAUAGAAUGAGCAGCUCUCUCAGUCACACAUAUAACACUACAACACGAGGAGGAUUUUAUCUCCCAAUACCUCCCAAGCUGAGAUAUCUGAACCUGAGCGGAGUUGCUAAGUAUACCAUUGUGAAUUUUGAUUUAACCCUGACACAAAGCGAUCAUCUGUCUGUGGUUGACUUUUCAAGAAACGAUCUUUUAGACAUUCCUACAUAUUUAGAAUGUUGUAAAAACCUGCACCUUUUGAACAUAUCGCACAUGAAGAUCCAACAGAAUGUAUUCAACAACACCAACAUGGUGACGAAUUUGGAAACAUUGCUUGUUAAUGAUGUGACGUCAGAUGAUGACAUGUUUGUGUCCCCAACUGAACCCUUCUUCCAUGCCAUGCCCAAACUAACAAGACUCGAUCUGUCAGGCAAUAAUCUACAACUUAUCAACAAAAAUACUUUUAGAAACUUUAUCAAACUGGAAAACCUUUCUCUUGCAAGAAACCGACUAAAAGACCUUCCGGAAGAAAUCCUGACAAUGGUUUGGCUCAAACAUUUGGAUGUGACAUCGAAUUCCCUCUCAGUCAUCACUAAAUUCCAACAGACCUUGCUUGAUGACAUCAUUGUGAAUAACGGCUCCUUCUACCUCUACUUGGCAGGCAACAUCUUCAGCUGCAGCUGUGAAACCCUUCACUUCAUACAGUGGUUACAGGAAACUAAUGUAUCUUUAGAUUACCAUGGCAACUACAGUUGUAUCCUUGGUGAUGGAACGUUAUCUGAUACAGCCACCUUUUAUGCCAGAAGGACAUUCCAUUGGAGAACAUGUGUUGGCUAUUUCUGGAUGAGCGUGGCCAUAAUAGGAACCCUGAUUGCGUUGUUGUCUUUGCUUGUAGCCUUUCUUGUCAAGACCUAUUUCCCAAGAAUAGAGCACCAUUUGUUACAGGUGCUUGGUUAUAACCCCGGACGCCGACCACAAAGAAAGGAUUUUGAUUAUGACGCCUACAUAUGCUAUGAAAGUGCUCAGUACGAUUGGCCUUACCACUGUCUGUUCAAGGAGCUCCCCCACGUCUCCCCAGGUAUACGACUGUACCUGCCUGAUCUACAUGACCCUGUAGGAUGUUCCCAGGCAGAAGUGACCAUUGAUGCAUUGUCGAGAAGCUGGAAAAUUGUUAUUGUGCUAACAGAGAACUUUCUGAAGGACGAGUGGAUUCACUUUACUGUCCUGUCCACUGUGAGACUAAUGUCCGUGAACAACGCAAUAUCGGACCGAGUGCUGCUUCUGUACAGGGAUAUGUCCUUGGAAGCAAGAGCUCGGGUUCCCUCGUCUUCUCCUCAACGUUGUUUCAGAGGAACAUAUUCUGGAUGUGGAGGACAGCCCUCACUUCUGGACACAUCUGUGUCAGUGUAUCCUUAA